AUGGCGAUUAUGUUAGUAGUUGGAGGGAGCACUCUGAAUGUUUGUAGUGCUUACGCGCCGCAAGCGGGCCUGGACAAGGAUGUUAAGAGGCACUUCUGGGAGGGAUUAGAUGAGGUGGUGUGGGGUAUUCCACUUGCGGAGAAGUUAUUUAUAGAAAGGGAUUUCAAUGGUCAUAUUGGGUCGUCCGAUGGGGGUUAUGGCAAGGUGCACGAUGGCUUCGUCUUUGGGGAUAGGAAUGGAGGAGGCACUUCACUAUUGGAUUUCACUAGGGCUUUUGAGUUGGUGAUCGCGAAUUCUGGUUAUUUCGAAGAGGGAGGAGCAUUUGGUUACUUUUUGGAGUAUGGUAGCUAA